AUGGCAACGACAAUAUCUGAAGAUCUCAAUGUGAUUUUCAGACCGGUCAUCGCAUCGGACAUUGAUCGAGCACAUCAGAUUGAAGUCGAUUGCUUCCCAGCAGAUGAAGCAGAACCAAUUGACAAGUUUAGAUACCGUGAGGCUAAUUGCCCCGACCUUUUCCUCGGGGCAUACCUUGCGGAUUCCGACCGUCUAAUAGGUUAUAUUGCCGGCACCGGGUCUUCUACCAAUAUUAUAACUGCCGAAUCAAUGACUCAGCAUGAACCGGAGGGUCGAACAGUGUGCAUACAUUCUGUUUGUGUAGACAGAGCAUACCGGCGUAAAGGACUAGCCUCACAGAUGAUGAACGAAUACAUAACAAGGAUAAGGCAACAAAGGAAAUACGAGAAGGCGGCGUUGAUUAGCCACCAGCAUUUGAUCCCAUUUUAUGAAAGUUUUGGGUUUAGGUUAUUUGGUGAGAGUAACAUUCAGCUUGGUAGAGAAACUUGGUUUGACCUAACAAUGGAUCUGAUAACAAAUUGA